AUGGGUACAUCUGAAGAUACCGUUUAUUACUCUCUCUAUUUUCCUUUUUCAUCUUUAAUACAGCCUUCAGACCAAACAUCAUCUCUUCAAGAAACAAGUGCUUUGAUUUUAUCUGAAUUACAUCAGUUUCUUAAUGGGUAUAUUUGGCAUAAAGAUAAAUUUCAAUUAAGAAUUGUGCAAAAUGAAUCAGAUCCAAGUUUUCCUUUCUUAUAUGGUAAAACAAGGUUUGGUGAUUGUAUUGACGAUGAAUGCGUCUCUGAUAAUGAUGGCGAAUUUUUGUUAAUCGAAGCUGCUACACAACUACCCUCAUGGUUGAAUCCGAGUAAUAGUGAAAAUAGGGUUUUUAUAUAUCAAGAUCAAUUACAUAUAAUCCCUUUACCAAAAGCUUCUGCUGAAAUUGCACAUAUUCCAACUGGAACAUUAUCUGUUGAAAAAGCGAUUCAAUUAGUACGCAACGAUGUUGUUGAUACCAAAGCUGAUAGUAAGGUACAACAAGUUGUAUUUUCAAGAACUUUAGAGUAUCCAGAAAAGAUCAAUCAAAAUUUUCAUUAUGCUCGAUGUCAUCUUCCAAGAACUAUAGCUCAUGUCUUGCAUCAUAAUCCUCAACUUGUUGCUCCGGCUGUUGAAGCAUUUUAUACACGAGAUCCUAUUGCAUUAAAGUCUUGCCAAAAAAUGCAAAAAUUUCCUCCAUAUACAUCAAUUACUGUUAGCGUAAAAUUUACAAAAAUUUUAUAUGCUCAAAUUGUAAGUCAACGAUUUAAUGCACCAAAACCAUUUAUAAUGCCAUUGAGUACUUCAAAAAAGUAUCCAUCUGCUGAAUUAGGAAUGAAAUUGGCAUGUGGAUUUGAAAUUCUUUGUACUGAUAAAUAUUAUACAAAUUUAUCACCUAAACCUAAUAAAUUGAAUACUGAGACCUAUCCAUUUGAUUCUGAUCCUUCGUGGAAAUUAUUUCACGCUAAUUUGAUCAUGCAAAAUUAUUAUCACGGUGAAUUACCAGAUUCUAUUUUGUACAAACAGUUGGAAAAAAUCGCCAAAGAGCAAUUUUUAAAAUAUCAAAGUCAUGUUGAGUUGUUAGAUGAUUCAGAAAAUUCAUCUCCAUUAGAACAAAUAGAUGAAAUAUUGAAACUACCAAUGGCUUCUGAUGAAGUAUUAAUGUCAAAUAUUAAGCAAAGCGAUGAUAGUUGGAUCAACGUUGAUCCAAAACAAUUAGAUGAGUUGCUUAAUGCAACUAAUAAGAGUUAUGAAGAGAUUCCAAGCGAGUCUGAUGAUGAAUUGAACCCUAUUGAUUUGACCAAUAUGAUAGAUACAUUUGAAAAAUUUUUUGAUUUUGAAAGUGGUGUAGAAGGGGCUGAGUUUCCAGGUGAACAUAUAUCUGACGAGGAUGAUAUAUAUAUGGAUGGCGAUGCAGAUGUAAAAGUUGAUCCAACUGAAUUUUUAAGAAUAAUGAAACAAACUUUGGGCAUUUCUGAGCAAGAAUAUAGAGAAUUGGCAAACGAAAAAAUAAGGCAGGAAUCUGAUCAGAUUACAAGGGAGCUUAUGGAAUCAAAAUCAAUAUCCUCACAACAACUCUCAUCACUUGACAUUUCUGAAUCAUUACGUGGAAAGAUGAAAGAGUCAAAUAAUGACAUUGACAUGGACGCAUACAUGCGGGCAUUAGACGCUGAAUUGUCGUCAUCAAAAAUUUUCGGAUCGUUUAUAAAAACGCCUCAAGAGGCUUUGAAUCAAUCACUAUCGGAGGAUAAAAUAAACAAUUAUGAGUAUGAUGAUGGUGAAUUAAAUGAGCCAGUUAAUAUUAAUUUAAAUCUUGCUAAAAAUUUGUUGGAAAGUUUUAAAGCACAAGAAGGACUACCUGGACCAGUUGGAAAUAUAUUUGGAAGAAUGGGAAUAG